UCUCCUUCCUCUUCACACUAAGGCUUAAUUAGAAAAGUAGCUCAGAUGUAUAAGUUUACCAUUUACACAGAAAGAGCUCUGCGUGGUGACACGGCUGAAAAACCUGUUCCCUACUGAACUCUCAACAGCAAGUUAGGUGCGGAAGUACAUAACUUUGGAGACGAUGCUGGUGCUAAACUGCUCCACCAAAUUGCUUACACUGGAGAAAAUGUUGAAGAGUCACUUUCCUGAAUCACUCAAGGUUUAUGGAGCAGUGAUGAACAUAAAUCGUGGGAAUCCCUUUCAAAAGGAAGUAGUAUUGGACUCAUGGCCAGACUUCAAAGCUGUCAUCACCCGGCGACGGAGAGAGGCUGAGACAGAUAACCUUGACCAUUACACCAAUGCAUAUGCUGUGUUCUACAAAGACGUCAGAGCUUACCAACAGCUAUUGGAAGAUGGUGAUGUUAUUAACUGGGACCAAGUUUUUCAAAUACAAGGCCUGCAAAGUGAAUUAUAUGCUGUUUCCAAAGCUGUUGCCAAUGCAAAGCUAUUGGAUUUGGAUAUAAAGCUGGCCUCCUUCAAAGCUGUCCAUUUUCCUCCGGUUUCAUCUGUACCAGACCACAAUUUCCUAACUGGACCUUUCCCGAGACUUACCUACCUGAGUGUCUCAGAGGCUGAUCUCCUCAACCGGACCUGGUCACGUGGUGGCAAUCAGCAGUGCCUGCGGUACAUAGCCAAACUCAUCGCCUGCUUUCCCAGCGUGUGUGUGCGUGAUGAGAAGGGAAACCCGGUGUCCUGGGGUAUCACAGACCAGUUUGCCACCAUGUGCCAUGGCUACACCCUACCUGACCAUCGCAGGAAAGGUUACAGCCGACUGGUGGCCCUCACACUGGCCAGGAAGUUGCAAAGCCGGGGAUUUCCCUCCCAGGGAAAUGUCCUGGAUGACAACACAGCCUCUAUAAACCUCCUGAAGAGUGUCCAUGCUGAGUUCUUGCCUUGUCGUUUCCAUAGGCUCAUUCUCACCCCUGCGGCUUUCUCUAGACAAGCUCAGCUUUAGCUCAGAGAAACUCCAAGAAUGUUCUCCUUUCCCUGAACACACACCUCCUUUUAGCUACCAGUGAGGGGUGAAGUUAAAAGAAAAAGCGUGGCUGGGCGGUGGUGGCGCACGCCUUUAAUCCCAGCACUCGGGAGGCAGAGACAGGCGGAUGUCUGUGAGUUCGA